AUGGCGAGAGGCGCAAAACGUGCGCGAGCGGAUUCCGAAUUGUCUCAGUCUCAGCCGCAGAUUCCUAUCAAGCGACAGAGGGAAUCGGAAGUCAUGGCAGCGCAAGUAAAAGAGGAGGCCGACGACACUACUGCACCAGACGAUGUUCGAUAUAUGAGAACGCAGCCAAAGGCCCAGGCACCUACCGAAAGCUCCCGAGCCAAGUCCUUCCCCACUCAGACAUCCACAGUCAUCGACUCGACGCUGAGCGACGAGCUUGACGAUGUGUUCCCCUCAUAUUCAUCAAGGUCAAAAGCUCCUCAGGACCAGGCUGACGACACCACUGCCACAGACGAUGUACAAUAUAUAGCAGAUAUUCUUUCUGGGCGCGAAACAGCUAGACAGGAGAGGGAGAGGCAACGCGCACAUGCAUCCAUCAUGUUCACCCCUCAAGAAGCAAUAGCCUUUCUCUGGCAACCCCCGCUUGCGAUCACCUACGAUCUUCCGACUGGCGACUAUGUACCUUGUCAGUAA